AUGUCUCGGGAAUUGCGAUGUGUGAAGCUCGUGGGCCCGGAGGUGACUGACACCGAUAUUGCUGAACUUUGUAUGUGCGGAGCGCUUACAUGUGUGGAGCUGGAAAAGUGCGACAAUGUCACGGAUGUAAGCGCGUUGGCUGCUAUUCCGACGCUGGAGGAGGUGCACAUCGUUGACUGCAGGAGCCUGCGCUAUUUCGGCCCAUUGGGGCAGAUGGAAACCGCGUUACGAAAAUUGGUCUUGCAGGGGACCCCCGUGACGGGGGCGAAAGUGCGUAAGUUGAUGGAGUUUCAAUACUUAGAACUUGUCAUGGAGAAUUGUGGAGAGUUGCUGUCGUCAGAACGCCCUUCCGAAUCCCUUGUGAAGAGUUCUAUUCAAAUGAUUCGCGACUUGGUUAGCCGGUUUAAGCCAGAGGAGAUCGGUGUUGCAUUCAACGGCGGUAAAGACUCCGUUGUCAUGAUGGACCUUCUUGAGUGUGCGUUGGGUUGCGCAGUGCUGUCGAAGUUCUGUGUGUUUGUUCUUAGGGUUGCUGGAAGAAAGGAAUUUGAUGAAAUAACUGCCUUCAGGGAGGCAUAUCUUUCGGAUCGUGGUUUGACUGAAGUCAAGACGGAUCCCUCGCUGUCGAUGAAAGAUGGUCUCGCGCAGCUUAAAGCAUCUAGGAGAAUGUCUCUUGUUUUUAUGGGCACUCGAAGUAGUGAUAGUGCCCACCAGAAGGAGAGUGUGGAACCCACCACGGCGGGGUGGCCAGCGAUGCUGCGUGCGAGUCCGGUAUUUCACUGGGGGUAUGAAGAUAUAUGGGGAUACACCCUCGCCUACAAGCUCCCCUUCUGUGACCUGUACAAAAAAGGAUACACGUCUCUUGGCCACCGUGGUGCAACCACCCCGAACUCCCUGUUGCUCCGCAGCGACGGCACUUUUCGCCCCGCGUGGGAACUAAAUGACGCCUUGGAGGAGAGGAACGGUCGUUUGGUAAGGGCAUAA